AUGAAUUCAUCUGAUUUCUGGAACAAACAGAACACAAGCUUUUGUUUCGAACUUAUUGAUAAUUCAUGUCAUAAAACUGACAUAAGCCUGUUGAGAUUUUCAGCUAUGUGCAUUAUCAUGUUUGUGGGUGUAGUAAUCACCAUUGUGGGAAAUCUAAUGGUGAUCAUUUCAGUUUCUCAUUUUAAACAGCUUCAUAGUCCAACCAACUUCUUAAUUUUAUCCUUGGCAAUUACAGAUUUUCUUCUUGGACUGGUAAUAAUGCCUUAUAGUAUGGUCCGAUCAAUGACAUCUUGCUGGUAUUUUGGAGAAUUUUUCUGUACAUUACACAGCUGUUUGGAUAUGAUGUUCUGCACAACUUCCAUAUUCCAUCUAUUUUUCAUUUCUGUAGAUCGUUACUAUGCUGUGUGCCAACCGCUUCAUUAUUAUUCAAAAAUCCCAAUCGAUGUAAUAGGAGUUUACUUAUUUUUCAGCUGGUCCAUUCCUUGCUUUUAUUCGUUUGGCCUUGUUUUAUCAAAAGUCAACAUUGAGGGUCUGCAAGACAAACUGGAUGCCCUCUCCUGUGCUGGGUCGUGUGCUCUUACUUUUAACAAACAGUGGGCUGUAAUCACUGUAUUAAUAUGUUUCUUUAUUCCAGGUACCAUGAUGAUAGGGAUUUAUAUACAUAUAUUUUCUAUCGCACGAAAACAGGCAAAGAUUGUUCAUAGCCAUCCAAAUUAUCUGAGUUCAAACACGAACAUCAAAUCUUCUUUGAAGGUGGAGAGCAAAGCAGCCAAGACAUUAAGUUUAGUUAUGGGGGUGUUUAUUUUGUGCUGGCUCCCAUUUUUUAUUGUAACUGUGGUUGAUCCUUACAUUAAUUUCUUAACAUCUGACAAUUUGUACAAUGCUGUUCUAUGGCUUGGUUAUUUUAACUCCACACUCAACCCAAUAAUUUAUGCUUUGUUCUACCCAUGGUUUCAGAAAUCAUUUAAAUGUAUACUAACAGGUAAUAUAUUUAAAGCUAAUUCUUCCUCUUUAAAUAUACUUAAUAAAGACUAA